AUAUAGGACGGAACUUUUAUUCUGAAGGACUCCAAAAAAUACCGGACCCGGAAGUUCUUAGUUAUUCUUGCUUGCUUCCCAGCGGUGUGUCAGCAACAAACUACAACAUCAGGCUAGCUAAGGUUUUAUUUUACAGGCAGGCUGAAUCAUGUCUCGUAGAUAUGAUUCCCGGACUACCAUUUUCUCACCUGAAGGACGCUUAUAUCAGGUGGAGUAUGCCAUGGAGGCUAUUGGCCACGCCGGCUCAUGUCUUGGGAUUUUAGCCAAUGACGGAGUGCUGUUGGCUGCAGAGAGACGGAACAUCCACAAGCUGCUUGAUGAGGUUUUCUUCUCAGAGAAGAUCUACAAGCUCAAUGAAGACAUGGCUUGCAGUGUUGCCGGAAUCACCUCCGAUGCUAACGUUCUAACCAAUGAGCUGAGGCUAAUAGCACAGAGAUAUCUACUGCAAUACCAGGAGCCAAUCCCCUGUGAGCAGUUGGUGACAGCGUUGUGUGACAUCAAACAGGCCUACACACAGUUUGGAGGGAAGAGGCCGUUUGGAGUGUCUCUGCUGUACAUGGGCUGGGACAAACACUACGGCUUCCAGCUGUACCAGAGUGACCCCAGUGGGAACUAUGGAGGCUGGAAGGCUACUUGCAUCGGCAACAACAGUGCGGCUGCAGUGUCCAUGUUGAAGCAGGAUUUCAAAGAGGGUGAGAUGUCGCUGUCCUCUGCCCUGGCGUUGGCCGUCAAAGUCCUGAACAAGACCAUGGACGUCAGCAAGCUCUCGGCGGAGAAAGUGGAAAUAGCCACCCUGACGCGAGAAGACGGAAAGACCAAGAUCAAGGUGCUGAAACAGAAAGAGGUGGAGGAGCUGAUCAAACGACACGAGGCUGAAGAGGCCAAGGCCGAGAAGGACAAGAAAGACAAAGAACAGAAGGAGAAGGACAAAUAAAGACGUAUUUAGAAUUCAUCCUUUCCUAAUAAAUCCCGUAAUGUGUUACGCGCUCGUUUGUCUUUCUUUAUUAAAAUAUUGAACCCAAA